CGUUCGGCGUGUCGCGUAACCAUUGUCUGACUGACAGUCUGCGCAGCACGGAAAGCCACCACUUUUCGGAUAUGGCAGAAGUCGCUCCAGCUCCGGCGGCAGCUCCCGCUAAAGCUCCUAAGAAGAAGUCCGCUUCCAAGCCCAAGAAGUCCGGGCCCAGCGUGUCCGACCUCAUCCUGAAGGCCGUGUCCGCUUCCAAGGAGCGCAAAGGGAUCUCCCUCGCUGCCCUGAAGAAGGCUCUGGCGGCCGGCGGCUACGAUGUGGAGAAGAACAACUCGCGCGUGAAGCUCGCGCUCAAGUCGCUGGUCCAGAAAGGAACGGUGGUACAGACCAAAGGCACCGGCGCUUCCGGCUCCUUCAAACUGAGCAAGAAGACGGAGUCCAAGAAGCCGGUGAAGAAGGUGGUCGCCAAAGUGAAGAAGCCGGCAGCGGUUAAGAAGCCAGCUGUGGCGAAGAAGCCCAAAAAGGCGCCUGCGAAGAAGGCGGCGGCGGCAGCCAAGAAGUCUCCCAAGAAGGCGAAGAAGCCAGCAGCGGCGGCGGCGAAGAAGGCCGCAAAAAGCCCGAAGAAAGUGAAGAAACCAGCGGUGAAGAAAGUGGCAAAGGCUCCCAAGAAGGCGAAAGCUGCCAAGCCCAAAGCUUCGAAGCCCAAGGCGGCGAAAACGAAGAAGGGGGCCGCCAAAAAGAAGUAAACGGCGCCUAAGAGAGAACUCUUUACAACCCAAAGGCUCUUAUAAGAGCCACCACGGCUUCAUAAAAGUGCAAAUUCUAGUGCAUUCCUAAUGUAUUGUUUGUAAACAUGGAUUUGUUGGAAGGAUUUAUUUUUGUAAUAAAUAAUUUUAAUAUAAGAUUUGUGUUGAAUGUCUACACCAAAAAAAAAAUGUAACUUUUAGAUCGGUGUGUUUGACAUGUUCGUAUCCUUUCGCUAAAACAGGCCUGUAGAAGCACUUGUAGUGUUCGAGUUCCAAUGCCUGUAAAUUAUUUUUAAUGUCCUGGGUUAAAAUGAGUUUGAAUGUCUAGCUUGUCGGUUAUUAGCCAUUUUAAAUAAUGUACAGUUAAACAGAAAAAGCUGGCAAGGUGCGCCGUAGACUGUGUAGAUGUAGACAUUGACACACAUCUCGUUAGGAAUUUGUACCAGUGUUUUAAUAAAUCAAAACUAAAUUAAAAAAAAAAAUAAAGAUGCAUUCCUGCGUAUUUCUAUCCCAGAUUACAAGGGGUUAUUUAAAUAAAUGCGCCAUAUAUACGCAAUCCAAUCAUAUUAGAUAUUUUCUCAUAUCCAAUGAACGUUAAGGAACCGCCCACUCCCGUGUCAGUGCGCUGCA